AAUCGUCAUGGAAUCGCCAUAGAAUUGCCUGGCGAUCGGUCAUAUUGCAUCAUCUGGGAACUUAUCGGCGAAGAGAUGAAUCCGCCAUUGAACGCGCCACAAUUGAAAGUGUCUCGCGAUCGUAGUUCGAUUUGCGGAUCCAAUUAAGAAGAAAAUUAUAUUAUCUUAUAAUUAACUUUACAAAAGUAGAUGACGAUGUAAAUAUAAUAUGUAAAUAAAUAUGUGAAUACUGUAUAAUCUACUUGUAAUAUCUAAUAUAUUUUUUCGUUGCACGAUAGUAGAUUAAGGUUUAUAAGAAAGAAAAUAUUCGAUAAAAGACACAUCUGUUCGCGCGAUGAUCUCUGUAAGAAUUCCAUACAAGAAUGUUCGAGAAUUUAUGUAUUUCAGGUAUACGUGACAGAAAACUAGCGUUACUCAUUCAUGCUAAUACCAGUCGUCAAUAUGUAUACAUUUAUCACCACGUAUAACUAAUUAAUAUUUACAAUGCAGAUCGAAAAAUUGCACUCAUAUUUGCGUUGAACCACGAAAUGCAUAUUGUUCGACAUUAAGAUAUUCGGUAUAUUCGUAUUCUCAUGUUUAUCACAAACGAUCAUUAUUAUAUCAAAUGAUUGGAAUAAACACAUGCAUGAAUUUAUACACGAUGUAUUGAGAUGGUUUCUUCAUUCGUUUUAUUCAUUAAUAAAUAAGAAAAAGGAAAGAAAAGUAAAGAAAAAUGUCAUUGUGUGCAUACAUUUAUAGUUAUAGAAAUUGAUCGAGCGACACGUGUAUGAGAGAUACAUAUAUAUGAUGUAUAUAUGAAUAUACCGACUCAUCAGCAAGAAUCGCGCGAGGCAGAAAUUCCUCGAUGAUAAUCCAAUAUAUUAUCGCUUCCCGAUAUCUAAAUAAUACGCAACGUAAUAUAUAGAUGAGACACAUAAUUAAAAUAGUAAACUUAACGUGCUACGUCAAAAAUGGCUUUAAUUCUGAUAUAAAGAAUUGUCUAAAGUAAAAUGUCGUGGAUAAGAGAGCGCACUUUGAACUGGUUUCAAUUAUUAGCAUUAAAAAUUAUAAGGACUGGCCAUGUGCCUAAACAUGUGGCGUUUAUAAUGGACGGUAAUCGACGUUAUGCGAACAAACAAAAAGUGGCUGGAAUAGAAGGACAUGUAAGAGGAUUUGAUAAACUGGCAGAGACAUUAAGUUGGUGCAGAGAUCUGGGCAUUACAGAAGUCACAGUGUAUGCUUUUAGUAUAGAGAACUAUAAUCGAAGUAAAGAAGAAGUUGAUGGACUUAUGGAGCUUGCCAAGUGCAAGUUUAUGCGUCUUUUAGAAGAGAAAGAUAAAUUGGCAGAACAAGGAGUAUGUAUUCGUGUGAUCGGCAAUUUAUCCUUGCUUUCAGAGGAUAUGCGUAAAUUAAUUGCAGAAGCUAUGAUUAUUACUGAAAACAAUAAGAAAGCAACAUUAAAUCUUGCUUUUUCUUAUACAUCAAAGGAUGAAAUUACUCAUGCAAUUAAGGAUAUAGCAGAAGGUGUAAAACAUGCUGACAUCUUACCAGAAGACAUUAACGAAAGCCUGAUUUCUCAAUGUUUGUAUACUUAUAAAUCCUCAAAUCCAGAUUUAUUAAUUCGUACUUCUGGAGAAGUUCGGUUUAGUGAUUUCCUCUUGUGGCAAAUCUCCAAUACCUGUAUUUACUUUACCAAUGUAUUGUGGCCUGAAUUCAGUUUAUGGAAUUUAUUUAGUGCUGUUUUCUAUUAUCAGAGAUGUUAUUCUGAUUUACAAAAAGUCGUGAAAAUACAAAAUUUGGAGCCACAGGUACAUAAUGAUAGAGUAUCUAUGUAUCUUAAUAAGUUGCAUCAUGAACGCCAAGUUAUGAUUGAAAAUAUGUAUCGGUCAUCAGUUCAAUCAUAAAUAUUUAAUAAUGUUUAAUAUUAAAGUAGUAAGCGUUUCAAAUCAAUUUUCUAGGAUAGAAUAUAAACUUGUCAGGGUUGAUUAGAUAUAAACGACUGUCGAAACUAUAAUAUUAAAAAAUUUAUACAUCUCAGGGAGAUAACUACAAAUAAUUCUUCCAAAAUAUUUUAAAAAAUAAACACGUGAUAUAUUAAAAAAGGUAGAAACAAACAAAUCCUUAAAAUAUCUGAGCGAGAUCCAAGAUUGAAAUGUGCAAAUAUCAAUAUUACAACAAAAUUUUUAUUUUUACAGAGCUUCUUUUUCAUAUACCUUUUCUAUAAAUAUAACAUGUAUUAUAAAUCUAUUUUUAUGAAUAAAUACAUAAUCAAAGAUUAGAUAAUUAUAGAAGCUCUUUUAAAAUGUAUAAAUUAAAUAAUUAUCAAUCUUAUGUAUAAUAAGUUAUAAUGAUUUGGAUAAAUUAUUAAUAUCGUUAGAAUGGAAUAUUUGUUUUUCUUGAAAGGUUCAGGAUGUAAUUAUAUACAUAGACAUUAAUGAAAUCUGUUUCCAAUAUGUAUCAUAUAUUAUAUAGCGCAUUUGUAUAUUUAUUCACCUUUGUAUGUACACAUUCCAUACAUGAAUUCCAUAUAUAAAUUUUCCAAUUGUCUUUCAUUACCAUGCACAUUGAGGAAUUAUGAAGUAAAAUUGUAAAACAGGUAUAUAAUAGCAAUAACAUCAUGUAUCAAAUAAAAUCAUGUAUCAAAUAAAUAAUGUUAGUUAUAACAAUGUGCGACUAUAAAAAUGUAUGAAUAAGUGUAUUGCAUUGUGUGUAUGUGUCUGUAUGUAAUAUUUGUAUAAUAUAUUUAUUAAGUUCUAAA